ACUAUAAUAUUAUAUUAUACAGUAUACAACAACACUCUCACUCACUCGCUGUACUUGUGUUGUGUUGUGUUGUGUUGUGUAACAAUGGCUCAGUUGAAAGCAUCCCCUGUUACUGCUCCUUCCCUUCAUACAACAGGUGUUGCCCUACGUGGAAAAUUGAGUAAGGUUGUGCUGGCUUACAGUGGUGGCUUAGACACAUCAGUCAUUGUUCCAUGGCUCAGAGAGAAUUAUGGUUGUGAAGUCGUUUGCUUCACUGCUGAUGUUGGCCAAGGUAUACAAGAAUUGGAAGGUUUAGAAGCGAAAGCUAAAGCCAGUGGGGCUAGUCAAUUAGUGGUAAAAGACUUGAAGGAGGAAUUUGUUAGUGACUAUGUAUUUCCUUGCCUACGUGCUGGUGCAGUUUAUGAGAGGAAGUAUUUGCUUGGGACCUCAAUGGCCCGCCCUGUAAUUGCAAAGGCCAUGGUUGAUGUUGCCAAAGAAGUUGGAGCUGAUGCCGUUUCCCAUGGGUGUACAGGGAAAGGGAAUGAUCAGGUUCGUUUUGAGCUCACUUUCUUUGCUCUGAACCCCAAGCUCAACGUUGUGGCUCCGUGGAGGGAGUGGGAUAUUACAGGGAGGGAAGACGCUAUUGAGUAUGCUAAAAAGCAUAAUAUUCCUGUUCCUGUGACAAAGACAUCCAUAUAUAGCAGGGAUAGGAAUCUUUGGCACCUUAGCCAUGAGGGAGAUAUUUUGGAAGACCCAGCUAAUGAGCCUAAAAAGGACAUGUACAUAAUGUCUGUAGACCCUGAGGAUGCUCCUGAUCAACCAGAAUAUGUGGAAAUUGGGAUAGAGUCAGGGCUUCCUGUUUCAGUGAAUGGGAGGAGGCUUUCACCAGCAUCUUUACUUGCUGAGCUCAAUGAGAUUGGUGGAAAGCAUGGAAUUGGCAGGGUCGACAUGGUUGAGAAUCGGCUUGUAGGUAUGAAGAGCCGUGGAGUGUACGAAACUCCAGGAGGAACCAUUCUGUUUGCUGCAGCACGCGAGUUGGAGUCUUUGACACUUGAUCGUGAAACAAUACAAGUCAAAGAUUCAUUAGCCCUUAAAUAUGCAGAGUUAGUGUAUGCUGGCAGAUGGUUUGAUCCGCUUCGGGAGUCCAUGGAUGCCUUUAUGCAGAAGAUCACGGAGACCACAACAGGUUCUGUGACUUUGAAACUUUACAAAGGUUCUGUUACUGCAACCAGCCGAACGAGUCCCUUUAGCCUGUAUAGGCAAGACAUUUCAUCGUUUGAAAGUGGGCAGAUAUAUGAUCAAGCUGAUGCUGCUGGGUUCAUCAGGCUUUAUGGUCUUCCAAUGCGGGUCCGAGCAAUGCUUGAACAUGGCAUCUAAGUGUUCGUUUCAUUUCCACAUGUACUUCAUUUCAUUGUCCAUUUGCUUGUUUAGACUUGAAGCUAGAGAGUACUAUGGAUUGAUAGUCGAUCCGAUCAUCCGAAC